AUGGCGGACGCUAGCAUGUCGCUCGUAAUAUCCUAUCGGGGCACACAACAUAGAGUGGCCCUUCUACCAGACAACACACUCUCUGAUCUCCAUCAAACGCUGGAGGAACUGACGACAGUACCGCCAGAGAUGCAGAAACUGCUGUACAAGAAUAGCCCUAAGGGUGGAGGGGCGCCAGAAAUGUCCUUGCGUGAGGCAGGGCUUAAAGACGGUAGCAAGAUUCAAAUGGUUGGCUCAACACUCGAAGAGCUCGGUGGUUUACACGCCAAAGAGGCAGAAGCGCGAAAGAGAGAUCGUAUUCUUCGGGAGAGGGCACUCAAGGCUCCAGUCAAGGUCCGGUCUACGGGCUCUGCAACGGCGUCAGACCAUAUGUAUCGCUUCCACAAGAUUGCCCCGCUGCCCCACCUCCCAAAUCCUGAGUCAGCAAUGACGGUGUUACAGCGAAUGGCAAACGACAAGGCGAUUCAGCACGUCAUGCGCCAGCACCAAUUUUCGGUGGGGAUGCUGACCGAGCUCGAUCCGAGGGAGAGGCCCGAUCUGCUGGGCCUCAACCAGAAUCAUGGACAGGAAAUCAAAGUCCGCAUUAGAACGGACUCGUAUGACGGCUUCCGCCCUUAUUUCGAUGUGCGCCGCACCCUUUGUCAUGAGCUUGCCCACAAUGUUCAUGGCCCACACGACGAGAAUUUCAAACGCCUCAACUCGCAAUUGAAUCGAGAAGUCGCCGAAUUUGAACGCGCUGCGAAAGAAGGGACACACCGACUUUAUGGAGGUGAUAUAUACGAAGCUGACGAUGCAGAGAAUCUGGCGUUAAGCUCGCAUGUGCUUGGAGGGACAAGCAGUGGCAGCACAGAGUUAGACACGGUAGAUGAUCGAAGACGGAGGGUGCUUGAAGCUGCAAUGGGUCGUCUGAAAAAGCAAGAGGAGGAAUUAGAACAAAGCUGCGGUACAGCUGGCCCCGCGGCAAAGUAA